UCGGAGGACGAGCCGGAUUGGUUGCCAGCAGAGAUCUCGAAUCUUUGAGCAGAUGCAGGGUCGCAGCUGAAAUCGACGGACCUCAACAACAACAUGUCAGACGACGCAGGAAUGUACGGCGAGUUUGGACAGGCCUUGGAGCCGGUUGCCAGCGGAAGCAAGCGAAAGCGUACAAUGGAAUGGGCCAUGGAAGUGCCUGAGGCAGACGUGCGUCUGCCCGUCGAUCAUCAUGACAGAGAGGCCAAUCACGACAGCAGACACCAAGACAACAAUGACCAGGACAAGCAUGGCCGACACACACCAAAGCGAAGCCGCCCGUCGCCGUCGCCCAAGCAGCAACCUCGUAGCAUCCGCCGCAAAGACGCCCGCUACGGCCUCUCGUCGCUCAACAAGCGUCACGCCGAACCAGCCGACGUCGAUGUUGACAUUGUCGACAACACACGGCCUUCUCGCUUCCAGGAAGGUAGCAUGUCGGACAAGCCCAGUGCGCAACCCCCGAGUGUCUUUACUCGCGAUCACUCGAACUCCGGUGUGCCCGCUCUGGCUAAUGUCGACCACCUCAUGAGCCAGUAUCAUGAAGAAAACUCGACCCCGUCGGUACAUCAUCAGCUGAGACCAACCGUCAACCACCCUCUCCAAGACGACCCUGUCGACGAUCGACCACCCCCACCCGCCAGCGUCCCCACCUUCGACUCAAUCCCUCCCUCUACGACGGCAUCAGUCAAGCCGUCAGGUGGUCUCUUCCGCUUCGGCAAGAUGUUUGCAUCGACCUUCAACCCGGCAAAUGUAUGGGAGUCGUUCUCGCGCACAUGGAAAGAGUCCAAGGAAGACCUGACUGUUAGAAACAUUGAGGAGAACCGCAAGCGUGCCCAGGCUCAGCCUGAAGCUGUGCCGGACGACAAGGCCAUGUAUGAACAAGCUUAUCAGGAACUUAAGAAGUCCGGCCAGUUCAACUUUACCGUCGUUCCCAACAAGGCCCUGACUUCGCCUCGCAUCGGUGGAAGCAGCCAGUUCAACUCGCCCACUCGUCAACCUCUGACCUCGCCCCGUCACGCUGCCGCAUACGCUCGUCUACGCCCAGAUGCCGACUUCCCACACUCGCGCGACACUUCUCUAGACUCGACUGGCGAUGCCGCUGCCCCGCCACAACUUGCUGCUCUGUUCAAGCGCUCGACUGAACCUCUCACCGAACCUAGGUCGCCGCAACUUCUCUCUCCCGAAAAGCCUCUCAGCAAACGCAAGUCGUUCUUCACUCUUCGUGGUGCUUCUCUUCGUGCUCCUUCCUUGAGUUCGUUGAGACGUGGCCGCUCUCAUGCAAAUCUGAGCGAGACGUUUGUGCCUACUUCGGAAGACAAGAGAACUCCUUCCUUGUCGCCAGAGAAGCCCAACUUUCACAACCACCUCACUCUCCAGUCGCUUCCUCGAUCCCAGUCGAAGAGGGAGCUCAACAAAACAGUGAAAUUGAACAAGCGUGUCAGUGACCUCGAGUCCAAACUUGCUGAUGCUCGCCGUGAAUUGAACAACGCCAUCACGAACGCAUCGCCGCUUCCUCCACUUCCUUCCCGUUUUGAAAAGUUCACUCCUACCUCAAGAUCCAAAUUUACUAGGGCUAGAUUUGGUUUGAGCAGUAGCAAGCUACCUUCGCUUCCUUCUGAGAGUCUGCUACAGGCCGAGACACUUGCUAAGGCUCAGAACACACCUUCACUCGUCAGACCAAGACCCACCCACUCUCAGUCGUUCGACUUGACCCACCUCCGAGACUCAGACCACCGCAGGGAAUCUGUCAUCGUCAUCGACACGCCCCGCUCUGAGAUUCAGUCGUUCUUGCCUGUCGAUUACUACCACGACCCAAUGGACCCAGCCGCCAUUGCCUCUUCUGAGGCCGCGGAUCAGAGUGACGUCGAAAACCGCCCCAGUCUGGACGCCAAACUCAAGGCGCUUGAGGCCAGCGUCAAGUCAAGACACAACAAGAAGACUCCUACCAAGAAGCGUAAGAGUGCGUCCAAGGACGACGCCAUCUACAAGCCUCCUGCCGACGAGGAAGAAGACGAACUUGAAUACGUCAAGGAAAAGCCAAAGAAGAAGCCAGGACAACAGUGAGCAGCAGGCUACUGGAGAGGUAAUCGACCACAAUGCAGUUGGCCGCUCGAGCCUGGACACCCUCGAUCCCAUCAACGAAGAAGACAACAUCCUUGUCGCCCCCCGUGUCGAUUCUACCCAUUCCCUCGUCCCAUCGCAGCACGACUCUGCCUAUUCCAACGCCGACGCCGAAUCCAUCCACGUACGCACCGAGCCUCUCAAGUCGAUCCUCGUGAACAAGCACGAGACUGUCCGUCCCAGCUCCAGAGGUUCGAACAAACGUCCUUCGUCAUCGCAGCGUCGUUCCUCCCCUCCCCCCUCCGCCGUCUACACGAAGCCCACGCUCGUUGCUAUCGAGAAGCAUCACGUCAUUACCGUCACUCCUGGGGCU